AUGCCGGUGUUUCACACCAAGACCAUCGAGAGUAUCCUGGAGCCGGUGGCCCAGCAGAUCUCUCACCUGGUCAUCAUGCACGAAGAGGGCGAGGUGGACGGGAAAGCCAUCCCGGACUUGUCUGUACCGGUGCAGGCGGUGCAGGCUGCAGUCAGCAACCUUGUGCGGGUUGGGAAGGAAACGGUUCAAACCACCGAAGACCAGAUGCUAAAAAGAGACAUGCCUCCUGCAUUCAUCAAGGUGGAGAACUCGUCUUCUAAACUGGUCCAGGCGGCUCAGAUGCUGAAGACUGACCCUUACUCGGUCCCCGCUCGAGAUUACCUCAUCGACGGCUCCAGAGGGAUCUUGUCGGGCACAUCUGACCUACUGCUUACGUUUGACGAGGCUGAGGUACGAAAAAUAAUCCGUGUGUGCAAAGGUAUCAUGGAGUAUCUGACAGUAUCUGAAGUGGUGGAGACAAUGGAGGACCUCGUCACGUACACAAAAAACCUAGGACCAGGGAUGACCAAGAUGUCCAAGAUGAUAGAGGAGAGACAACAGGAGCUUACACACCAGGAGCACAGACAGAUGCUCAUCAACUCCAUGAGCACAGUCAAGGAGCUGCUGCCUGUCCUGAUAUCAGCAAUAAAAAUCUUCGUGGCAACCAAGAGUGGGCAUGGUGCUGCCGUUGAGGAGGCAGAGACAAACCGCCGCUUUACCUUCGAGAAGAUGAGCGGCGAGAUUACAGAGAUCAUUAGAGUCUUGCAGCUUACCACGUGGGACGAAGACGCCUGGGCGAACAAGGAUAUGGAAGCACUGAAGAGAUCUUUGGCUUUGAUCGAAUCAAAGAUGAUCCAAGCAAAAAGUUGGCUGAAAGACCCCUACGGUCAACCAGGAGAACCUGGCGAGGUUGCGUUGCGUGUAAUUCUGGAUGAAGCUGGAAAAGUGGGAGAGCUGUGCGCUGGGAAGGAAAGGAAAGACAUUCUGGCCACUCAUAAAGCUCUGGUACCAAUGACCGACCAAAUUGCAGAUCUUCGAGUCAGAGGCCAGGGUCCGAGCCAGGCGUGUGUGCAGCGUGCCGGCCAGUGCUCUCGGGGCUUAGACCUGCUAUUAAGCAAAGUGGACAACGCAGCUCGCAGACUGGAGGCUCUUAUCAAUGCCAAACAAGCCAUUGCCAGGAGGCUGGAUGCUGCGCAGACUUGGCUGGCUGACCCAAACGGCGGUCCUGAAGGCGAGGAAAACAUCAGAGCGUUACUUGCAGAAGCCAAACGCAUUGCCGACCUAUGUGAGGACCCUAAAGACAGAGACGACAUCCUGCGUUCCAUUAGUGAGAUCGCAGGCCUCACCUCCAGACUUAUGGAGCUUCGCAAACAAGGUAAAGGUGACAGCCCGGAGGCCCGCGCCUUGGCAAAACAAAUCGGGGCGGCCCUGCUCACCCUGCAGGCCAAGACCAAUCGAGCCGUGGCCAACAUGAGGCCUGCCAAGCCUGCCGUCACUCUGGAGGGAAAAAUGGAACAAGCGCUGCGCUGGGUCGCCAACCCCGGAGUGGAUGACAGAGGUGUAGGCCAGGCGGCUAUCAGAGGGAUGGUUGGAGAAGGCAGGAGGCUGGCAGGAGGCCUCUUGGGGCCCUACCGCCAAGACAUGAUGGGACGCUGCGACCGGGCGGAGGCUCUCAUGACAUCCUUGGCAGACAUGGCUGGCAGGGGGGAAGCCGAGGCCCCCCACGCUCGGGCGACUGCCGCCCAGUUACAUGACAGCCUGAAGGAUCUAAGGCAGAAAAUGCAAGAGGUGAUGACCCAGGAAGUAUCUGAUGUCUUCAGUGAUACAACCACGCCUAUCAAACUGCUGGCCGUGUCUGCAACCGCUCCCCCGGAUGCACCCAACAGAGAGGAGGUUUUUGAGGAGCGUGCUGGGAAUUUUGAGGCUCACGCAGGUCGUCUGGGAGCUACAGCUGAGAAAGCGGCUGCUGUGGGAACAGCCAAUAAGAGCACAGUGGAGGGAAUUCACGCGGCGGUCAAACAUGCCCGUGAACUCACGCCACAGGUAACUUCUGCUGCUCGGAUCUUGUUGAAGAAUCCUGGUAACAAAGCAGCGUACGAGCACUUUGACACCAUGAAGAACCAGUGGAUCGACAACGUAGAGAAACUCACGGGUCUGGUGGACGAGGCCAUAGACACUAAGUCGCUGCUCGACGCCUCCGAGGAAGCCAUUAAGAAAGACAUCGACAAAUGCCGAGUUGCCAUGGCUAAUGUUCAGCCCCAAAUGCUUGUUGCCGGGGCGACCAGUAUUGCAAGGCGAGCCAAUCGGGUUCUGCUGGUGGCAAAGAGAGAAGUGGAAAACUCGGAAGAUCCGCGAUUCAGGGACUUGGUCAAACACGCGUCAGACGUCUUGUCGCAUACUAUCUCUCCAAUGGUUAUGGAUGCAAAGGCGGUUGCUGGCAAUAUACAGGAUAAAGGGCUGCAGAAGGCCUAUUUGGACUCCUGUCUGAGGAUCUUGGCCGCUGUGGGAAAAGUCAGGGAGGCCUUCCAACCUCAGGAGCUGGACUUCCCACCUCCACCACCUGAUCUAGAUCAGCUCCAAGUUAGUGAUGAGCAGGCUCCACCCAAGCCCCCCCUGCCAGAGGGCGAAGUGCCACCUCCUCGUCCGCCACCCCCGGAGGAAAAGGAUGAAGAGUUCCCGGAGCAGAAGGCCGGCGAAGUCGUCAGUGAGCCCAUGAUGGUGGCCGCCAAACAGCUGCACGACGAGGCUCGCAAGUGGUCUAGCAAGGUCGGCGUACCUUCAGGCGUACCGCUAGUCACAGAGGAAGAGGCAGUAGAGGUAGAGGAGGAAGAUGAGUUUACUGAUGGUGAGGAUGACUUUGAGCCAGAGCUGCUGCUGAUGUCCUCCAAUCAACCUGUCAAUCAACCCAUGCUGGCGGCCGCCCAGGCUCUUCACCAGGAGGCGCGCAAGUGGUCCAGCAAGGGCAACGACAUCAUCGCGGCCGCCAAGCGCAUGGCUCUGCUGAUGGCCGAGAUGUCCCGGCUGGUGCGUGGUGGGAGCGGCAACAAGCGAGCCCUGAUCCAGUGCGCCAAGGACAUCGCCAAAGCAUCUGACGAGGUGACGAGACUCGCCAAAGAAGUGGCGAAGCAGUGCACGGACAGACGUAUCAGGACGAAUCUGCUGCAGGUGUGUGAGCGGAUCCCCACCAUCAGCACUCAGUUGAAGAUUCUCUCCACAGUGAAAGCAACCAUGUUGGGUAGAACAAACAUUAGUGAAGAGGAGUCAGAACAGGCCACAGAGAUGCUGGUGCACAAUGCUCAGAACCUGAUGCAGUCCGUAAAGGAGACAGUUAGGGAAGCAGAGGCGGCCUCCAUCAAGAUCCGCACGGAUGCGGGCUUCACCCUGCGCUGGGUGCGCAAGACCCCGUGGUACCAGUGA